AUUAACACGGAACCUUUUUACGAGCGGACCGGAACCAGCGUGCGUCCAAAACAGCGAGCAUAUUCACCAGGUCAGAAAUCCAUCCAAAAAUAAAGAAAUGCUUCGGCGUGCAUCAGUGCUGUUAACCAGGCAGAUUGCCAGGCACAGAUCCACAGAUACCAGCCUCAUUUUGGAGAGAUCCAUUAACCGGGUCCAGUUGCUGGGGCGUGUGGGUCAGGACCCUGUUAUGAGACAAGUUGAAGGUAGGAACCCCGUCACCAUCUUCUCCAUGGCCACUAAUGAGAUGUGGCGCUCUGGAGAGGGAGAAGUCUCACAGACAGGAGACGUCAGCCAGAAGACGACGUGGCACAGAAUCUCAGUGUUCAAGCCCGGGUUAAGAGACGUAGCCUAUCACUACGUAAAAAAAGGGUCUCGGAUUCUAGUCGAGGGGAAGCUCGACUACGGAGAGUACGUGGAUAAGAAUAACGUGAGAAGGCAGGCCACCACCAUCAUCGCAGAUAACAUUGUGUUUUUGAGUGAAAUCCGAGAUCGAGAGUGAAGGAUUUUCCUGGAAGCUUAUUAAACCGUACAAAAAGUAUUUUGUUCAUCUUCUUUGUUCUUUCGAGUGACUGUAUGUAGAAUGAAGGUAUUAUGAUUGUCUGAAUUCUUUCUGUGAUGAGGAGCUGACAGGAUUAGACCAGUUAUGUUUCUACAACGUCAAAACACAUUUUGUUUUUAUUACUGAUAUACCGACGUACUCUACACUGUAUUGUAAUAAAAAAAUACAGAACUCCUGUCGUUA